AUGAUUGACUCUGCGGCCAUGAGCGGCGCUCCAGUCGCUGAGGAUAACAUCAUCAAUCGGCGCGGUGGAGAGUCGAUUUAUCAGAGCUGUGUCAACCUGAGGAAGCGGCUAUCCGAGGUUCCCAACUUUGAAUCCUAUCUGCAAGAGAUGGACGAUGAUGAUCGCAUGAGAGGGAAUACGGAUCCGGUAGCUUCUUUGUGGAGCUGUCUCAGAAACGGUUAUCCCCUAUUAAGCAUUUAUAAUGCGUCUGGUCCCGAGGAACAACUAGAAAUUGAUCCUGGCAAGGUGACCGAGGCAAAACGUCCUAAAGCAGCGACCUUUAAGUUCUUGCAGGCUUGUUUACAAGAACUAGCAUUCCCUCAACAGGAUUGCUUUUUGAUCACCGAUCUUUACGGCGAGAGCACAACGGGAUUUAUCAAAGUGAUCAAAAUGGUCAAUCGUGUUGUGGACAUCCUUGAGAUGCAAGGCCAAUUGAAGCAAUCCGAAGUUUCAGAGACCCCCACAGGCGCAAAGGCCAAUGUGAAACUUACCAAGCGAGAGCAUAUUUUGAAGGAGCUUUUGGAGACAGAGCGCGAUUAUGUUCAUCACCUGCAAAAUCUCCAGGCGCUCAAGAAGGAAUUAGAGGAGACGGGGGCUUUGACUGGCGACGCGAGCCAUCAGAUUUUCCUCAACUUGAACAACUUGCUCGACUUUGCCCAGCGGUUCCUGAUUCGUAUGGAGCAGCACUAUGCUCUGCCAGAGGAAAUGCAGAACUGGGGUCACCUCUUCUUCUCCCAUGAAGACGCCUUCCGCCAGUAUGAACCGUUCAUUGCCAACCAGCUGCGUUGUGACGACGCUUGUAUGAAAGAAUGGGAUAAAAUCAAGAAUGCGCCACGCCAUAUAGACCUACAACAAAUGGUCGCUCAACCGAAAACACUGAAUGGAUUCUUUGUGAAACCCUUCCAGCGCUUGACUCGAUACCCGCUUAUGUUAUUGGAACUACGCAAACAAUUAGAAGACCCGCAACUCAAGACCGAUAUUACUCAUGCGGUCGACUGUAUUCAAAAUGUGUUGGACUUCGCCAAUGAGGCAAUUCACAAAGAACAUCUGGCCGCGGCAGUGGUUGAUCUCUCCGAACGUGUUGACGAUUGGAAAGCAUUGAAAAUGGAGUCUUUCGGAGAUCUCCUCCGCUUUGGCACGUUCCAAGUUGUCAAGGGAGACAGUGGAAAGGAUAAGGAUAACGAGAGAGAGUAUCACAUUUAUCUCUUCGAGCGAAUUCUUCUCUGCUGCAAAGACAUUAACCCCAACAAGCAAAAGACUAAGCUCAUGAUGCAGAAAGACAGGCCAUCAUUGAAUGGGAAAGGGAAGGCUCGUCUUCAGUUGAAGGGCCGAAUCUACAUGGCCAAUGUCACAGAUAUUGUUUGUCUUCAGAAGCCUGGUCUCUACCGUAUUCAGAUCUUCUGGAAAGGAGAUCCUGGCGUUGUCGAUAAUUUUAUCAUCCGCUAUGUCAAUGAAGACACCAUGCGGCAUUGGUACAAAGACAUUGACACCCAACGAACCAUUCAAGCGGAGCGACGCACCAUGCGCAAUACUGGUACAUCCGAUAGCGAGUUUACAUACCUGGAGGGCAUGGCCAACAUGCCUAAUCCCUAUCAACAAGAGUAUGACACCGAUGAUACCAACAACAAAGAUCCGUACCAUUCCGAAUUCCCUAUGAGCCGUAAUGCAUCCAGUACCAGCCUGAGGACUCGAUCUGCCACCGGUGGCAGCACCGGCUCUGUUCACCCCAACGGCCGACCCCGCUAUGCGGGGGCUGAUCCCUCGCUCUCGGUUCACACCCAAUUCCCUGGCAGUGGAAAUAUGUCUCCUAGUGAUCGAAAUGCGAACUCCUACUUCUCCCCCACAGAGCCUCCAUCCACGAGGUCGAGCUCCCAAUCUGCAGGAUUUACCUUUAGUCGUCAAAACACGAACUCUACAACUCAAUCGACGGCUUGGAGUGAGGAUUCUGUUCGCUACACAGCACCAGCAUUGUCUCGUGUGACAUCGCGAGAAGGGUCAACAACUGCGGCAUAUUUCCCAGCUCAGCCUAAUGGACGGGCUGCUCAGCGUCCGUCUUUGCCUCCGCUCUCGGGCUCCCAAGCCCACGCUGCGAAUGGUAUGGCCCAGCGUAUGCGAUCAGCCAGUAGCCCUGAUAUUCACCACCACAAUAACAACCCUGAGUCACGGCGUUACAUGGGUGUGCACACUAUGCAGACAGUCGAUAACGUUCCGGUGCCACCGAUUCCUGCGCACAUGGCUAACAUGAAAGCACCUGUCAACCGCAGCCAGAACAGCUCGCCUACCAACAACCAACUCCCUAUUCGUGUCCAGCCACAACUCCAUACCACACAUUUCAAUGAGCCAGAAUAUAAUGACGCCCGCAACUCUGGCCAAAUCUCGGAUCAUGCCACAUCGCCUCUGACACAAGAGCCAGAGGGAGGAGACCCAUACAUGCCCACUCAGCUCAAGGCUAAAGUGAACUUCGAGGAUAACUAUGUCACACUGGUGAUUGCGACUAAUAUCUUGUUCCGUUCAUUGAUCGAUCGCGUGGAUGCUAAACUUGCUCGGUUCACUGAUCGAUCUAUCGGUAAUAAAACCGUCCGACUGCGCUACCGCGAUGAAGAUGAAGAUUUCGUCACAAUCGAUAGCGAUGAGGCGGUCCAACUCGCUUUCAUGGAAUGGCGGGAGCAACAUCGCGAUAUGCUUGCCAAGGGCUUGGUGGGAGAGAUUCAGCUCUACUGCCAAGUGGUCGACUAG